AUGAGUGAUGAUCAUCGUCAACCUUCGGACCAUCACCACGAUGAGGGUUCUGCCAAUGAUGCAAUACACGCCAGUGACGAUGAAGAGAAUACUCAUCAAUUAGAAAAUUUGGAGAUGAGAGAAUUGAAUAGACCUUCUUUGGAAAGAAGUGAAACAGGAUCGACUAAUCAAUAUUAUGAAAAUCGAGUAAUGGAUGAUGCAAAUUAUUUGUAUACUGCAGAUGAUAGACAACGUUCAAGACAACCAUUGAUUAACAAGAGAAAAGUGUCAAAUUCGAUCAUAACUUGUUGUACUUGUUGUUGUUGUUGUAUCCCAAUCGGUAUUAUUUUACUACUUAUUGUUUACUUGUUCGGAUUAAUGGUUCUUGCACCACAAAUUACCACAAAUUAUCAAGCCAAAGUAUCCGAAUCGAAAACAUCCGGUGCUACCAGUGCUGAGAAUAUUAGAAAGGGUGUAAUUUCCCAAAAUGGACUUGGAUAUGUUUUGAUGAAGAAUACUUUUAAUAAGAAGAGAUUUAGUGCCUUGUUACAUGUUUAUACUGGUUCGGUGAAUGAAGAAGAAAGCGAACAAGGUAUCAGUCACAUGGUUGAACAUAUGGCAUUUGAUAAUUCCAAGUCAUUCAAAGGUAGAGGUGGUGUUUGGAGAAAAAUUGAAAACAGCAAUGUUGGAGGUUUUAAUGCUUUCACUAGUUUUAGAAGUACUGUUUACGAAUUAUUGGAAAAUAAGAUUGACGAUACCAAGGAAAGCUUUGAAGAUAUUAUGGAUAUUUUCUUUGCACAAGUUCAACAAAGUGAAUAUGUAGCAGAAUACGUGGAAACUGAGAAGGGAGCUGUUCUUGGAGAAGCCAGAAGGGCCAACAAUAGUUAUUAUCAUGCUCUCACUAGAACAUUUGAAAAUCACGGAGGUAGUACCUUUACUAUUGGAAAGAGAUUCCCAAUCGGAAAGACUGAUGUUAUUAGAAGUUGGACUGUUAAUGAUCUCAAGAAAUAUUACGACAAAUGGUACAAGCUUAGCAAUAUGAAAUUAUAUAUUGUUGGCGAUUUUGAAUUGGACGAAUUGGAAAAGAUGGUAAAAGAAUAUUGGUCCUCAAAGGUUUCAACAGUUGAAAACAAACCAGAAGAGGCUAAAAUUGGAUUUGCAACUCCAGUAGAACCUUUAAUUCAAAUUGAGGAAGUUAAUGGACUCAAUGGAAUCUUCUUCAAUUUGAUCACUACAAGCGAAUAUCAAAGUUAUCCUCGUGAUUAUAACUUUUAUAGAAGACAAGUUGGUGAUCUCACAUUCCAAGUUCUCUAUGCCUUACAGGUAAUGACCAAGAUGACAAUGCAAUAUCCAGACCUUGAUCUCACAAUUAGAAUGGCCGGAUGUAGUUUCACAAACGAAUUUGCUUUUGGAUCAAAGAUUGGUAUUUGUUCAAUUAUGACUCCAGGCCCACAACCAGAAUUGUCAACUUGGAGAGAAGACUUUAAGAUUGGCGUUGAAGAAUUGAAGAGUAUUGCAGAUGAACCAUCUUCUGCACUUUUGGUCGCCCUUUCCUAUGCCCUUGAUUAUGUUUUCUCUGCACCAACCUACUUUGCAAACAGCCAAGAUUCUACAUCCCUCGUUUAUGAAUUACUUGGUAACGAAGAUCCAAAAUUUGAAUAUUUGAACGUGCAUGAUAAUUAUGCAUCACUUUCUAAAUUCUUGGGAGUGAGUUUUGCACUUGGUUCAACAGCUGAUCACGUAAAGGCCAAUGCCCAAUAUUUGAUUCAAGGUCUGAGUGAUAUUAUUACCAAAGAUAAGCCUGUCAAGUAUGCAAACAUUAGACGUACAACUCAAAUGUCUGCCUCUAUAAUUAUGGGUAAAUCUGAUCCAAAAUCAGCCUCCUUUAGACCAACCAAGGAACAAAUUGCAAGCUUUAUUAAUACCAUUAUUAAUUCAGAAAGCAGUAGUUCAACUACUUUGGAUGCCAGCACUCUUUCAAUGCUUAGUAGUCUUUCAGCAUCUCUUCCAAGUAUUACACUUCCAACUGCAUCUUCUGGAUACAAGUUAGUUCAAAAGAAGGAUGACUUGUCUCUUUAUGUCUAUUCUCUCAGUAAUGAUGUUAGAGUUAAUAUUAAGAAGUCAGACAGCAAAAUGGCCUACCAAAAAGGUCUUGCAUACAUUGAAAUUGUAGCCCUUGGUGGUAAAAAUACUGAAAAUUCAGAUAUCAAAGGUGCCUGUACUUUUGUUAAUCAAGGAUAUAAUGGUGGUACCAAGUUUGUUGCAAGUACUGUUUCAUACUAUCCAGAGUCAACAAGUCUUCCAAUUUCUUGCUCAGCAGAUGUGCUCAGUAUUAGUACAACAUUGAGUGAGGCCUGUAUCAAUUAUCCAGAAUCUUACCUUUCCUACUUGUGUAAAGUAGAUAGCACCGAUUACAAGAACAAGCUUCUUCUUUUGAGACUUUCUAUGAAUCCUAUUUUCAAUAAUAACGUUAAGAAAAAGGUUAUUACCAAAUACCAAAAAGAACUUAACACCGAAAUUGAUGACCAAUUCACAUCAGUUUCAACUCUUAAUACUUACUCUGUUCAAAAGGUACUCAAGUCUGCAUUCCCUGAUGAACACAGAUUCCAUGGUACAUCUAUUGAAGAUCUCAAGAAACUUAAUCCACUCUCAGUACAAGAAUGGGUUUCCCAACACUUCUCAAUUAUGAAAGAUGGUGAAAAGUUGAUCAAUAGAUUUGAAAUUAAUAUCGUUGGUGAUGUCUCUAUUGACAACAUUAUGCCUCAAUUAGAGACAUGGUUCGGAUCUAUUCCAGUUAAGCAAAAGCCAACCAUUGUCGGUUUUGAUCUUUAUGAUAAGAAUCAAGCUUCUAACUUUGAAGUAACAUUCCCAAAGACAUCUCCACUUGUUAAUUCUACCUAUUCAUGUGAAGUUAACUCCUAUGCUGGAGAAAAGGCUCUAGUUACAGCUAUUUAUCCAAUCAAAGGUGCAAAUGCUGCCAACCCAUCACUCUCAAGAGCUCUCUUGCAACAAGCCUUGCUUUCAGCUUACUCCUUUGAAGUAAUUCGUUCACAAGGUGGUUUUUCAUAUUUUGCCGUCUCUAGAACAAUGUCAACUUUGUCUUUGAAUGGUUUUGGACUUGCUACAACCAUGUUCUUAACUGGUGACUAUCCAAACCAUAGUCAGGAUAUUCUCAACAUUCAAAGAAGUGUAGAAUUUUGGAUUUCAUCACUCAAGAAAGAAUUGGAUGAAAAUUUCUUUAACGACAUCAAAAAUCAAUACAAGGCAGCAAUUGAAAAUGAUUUGGAAUCAGAAUAUUCGUGGUUUGGAAUGAUUCGUGGACUUUCUCUCACUGCACCAGCAAGCUACUCACAAGACUUUGUCAGAACCAUUGAUGAUGUUGAUAUUGUGUCAUAUCUCAAAGAUGCCAACUAUGAAAAUUUCAAAGAUGUCUUUUCCAGUGUUAUCAGUGAAUAUGAAAGAGGAUUAACAGCAGCUAUGAUUGUUUCAAGAGCACGUAUAUUUGAUUUUAAUGAUCGUGAAAUUAUUAGAAAGUCUGUUUUUGAAACUAUUUAUUCUAGACAUUAUGGAAAUACAAAUUCUAAUACAACAACAACAUCAAAUUCUUAUAAUAGAGAAAAUAGACGAGUAACUAUUCUGUAUACACAUAUUCCUGCACAAUAUCAAAAUACUGAACCUGUCAUUCAAAAAUCAUUGAAUACUACUGACAGUAAGACAAGUGGUGGAAGUGCUUCCUCAUCCUCUUCACAAUUGUCUUCAUCUCAACAACCAAAUAUUGUCCUCUCUACUGCUGCACUUGCUUUACAACAAGGUGGUUCUCUUCCAGCAAGCAAUUCUUCAUCAUCCUUGUCUUCUCAACAACAAUUGCAACUUCAACAACCAAAUUCACCAAGUACUCCAUUGAAGAAUACUUCUUCUAAUACUUCUUCUUCUACUAAUACUACUGCUACUACUCCAAAUGUAGGAGGUAAUUCUAGCAAUUCUAUUGGUAGUGCCACAGGAGGAAAUAAUUCAAAUUUGGUUGGAACUUCUGCAACUCCAGUUCCUAAGGGAUUGUGUGGAGAUGAAGUUACACAUUUGUAUCCAUUGACAGCUUAUAAUGACUCUCCUGAUUUGUCCUAUCAAUAUACAAAUUACAGUUGUUUAUAUUUAUAUGAUGGACAUUAUGUGUAUAUCAUGUAUGGUAACAUUUUGGGUUGUUUUGAUUUGUUGGGUUUGUGUGUUAGGUGGAGUGAGCUAAUUGAUGAGAAAUUGCCAUCAAGUAGACGUGUGAAUUAUUUAUUUAUUAAUGCUUUCACACAAACUGAGAAUAGUAUCAUUGUUCAACUUCCACAACAAGUUAUUUGUUUUAAUAAGAAGAAUGGUUUAAAGGUCAAUUUGAUUGUUAAUGAUCCAAUUACUAAAUUUCACAUGAUUAAUGAAAAGAGAGAACGUGUUUCUUGCGUUUCUUCAUUCACUGAAGUUAAUGGAAAUAAUAGAAAACAAGAUUUCUUUGAUGGUAUUUGUGUUUUAAUUGGUGAGAAUAUUGUACGUGAUAAGAGCAUUGAUUUCUCCAAACAGACAAGUAUUUGGACUGAUGAACAAACUAAACAAGUUGGUGAAUCAAGAGGAACAAGAACCAUUUCAAUUCCUGGUCUAUCACCAAGUGUAAAUGAUUCCACUCCAACUAAUUCACAAGUUCCACACACUAUCAGUACCAUUUUCACAAAUCCACUCGAUACUCAACAUGUUGUCUUGUCACCUGUUACAAGUAGUGACAUUACCACUACUACUUCUGGAACACAAAGUUUCAAGACAAGUAAUAGUAGCAGUAGCAGAAGUACUUCAUAUGGAUUUAUUGAAAAGCCAAAGUUAUAUAUUUUUGAUGGUAACACUUUAACAGUUAGUGUUUCUGCUUCUGGACAAUCAAGAGAUAGACAAAUGAUGUUCAGACCAAAGAAAUCUCCAGUUUUCUGUAUUGUAAAUGAAUUUGAAGGUGAAAUGAGAAUUGUUAAUAGAGAAGGAAAGAGAACUCAUAUUAUUAGUAUUAAGAAACUUUGUGAAAUUCCACAAACCAAUUCCUACAGCACUACCAAAAAUAAGACCAAGACUUUAUUGUUCAAGGAUAUCACUGAUUGGCACUUCCUUGUUGGUGAAAAGAAUGAAUGGGCAAUUAUUCAACCAGAUAUUGGUAGAAUUCUCCACAUUGAUCAAUUAUUGACUGGUGUUUCACAUGAUAGAAUUAUCAUUGUUGAAAAGCAAACAAACGAAACCAAGCCAGGUAUUCCAAGAUUGGACGGUUUCAUUUCCAUUCAAAAGGACGAAAAAACAAUUUCAUUCUAUGAAUUUGUUCAAUCUCAAAAAUCAGUUCAAGAAGGAACUUUCCAACUCAAGUGGAGUCAACCAUUCUCAUGGAAGAAGGAUGCUCAAUUCAUGUUUGAAUUUUCACAUAUUCAACAUUCCAUUUCUUCUCCUCUUUUGAAUACUAAUGAAGAAUCAAGAAUAAUGGUCUUUUCUAGACAAGUUAUUGAUCAACGUAGAUUCCUCACUAUUCAACAACGUGUUGAUGUUCAACUGAUAGCCAUUAAUUUGAAGGAUGGUGCUGUCAAAUGGCAAAAGGUUCAUGAAUGUUACCAUGGAAAUGGUGGAGAUUUGUCAGAGGCUGAAAAGGGCUUUGACAUUUCAUUCUGCAAACGUUUCGCAACCAAAAAGACAGACGACAAGACUAUUAGUAAUCCUCAAUUGUGUGUAGUGAGAUCUUUCUUCACACCUCUUGUUAAGCCUGAUAAGGGUGUUGCUAUUUGUUCUGCUUACAGAAUUGAAGAUGGUGAAUUACAAUGGACUUACAAUGAAAAGAGAAAGGGUGUCUCUGCUGCUGAUGAUUACAUUUUACCAUUGGCUCGAUCAUUGUCUGAUAAAGAUGAUGAAGAUAGUGAAUCUGACACUGAUGAUCAAAGUGAAGGAAAGAAAAAGAAGAGGAACAAUAAGGAAAAGUCAAAUGAUGAGAAGUGUUCAGUCAUGUAAAAAUUACUGAGAUCAAAGUCCUUUUCGAAUAAUAUCAAUUUUUAUAAAAAUUACUUAAUU